GUUGUUCUUUUCUACUGGACUGUUCUUGACUCCACACCAAAAUAAUGGCGUUGUGUUGGUGUGCUCUUGUAAUUACAUUCGCCGUGUUUUUUCCGUUUUUGACGGCAGCUGGUUUUAUCGACACACCCGGCAAUGUGACUGUUCAUGUCGGUGAAUCUGUCAUUCUGCAAUGCUCGAUUGAUUCUAAAAACUUCAAAGAGGCUAUGAUAAUGUAUUGGUACAAGACAACGAUAAGUGGUGGGUUCUUUGUAACGUAUGGGCAGUCCGUAUGGGCAGUCCAGAACCUGUUCGGUGCAGAAAGAUACUCUCUGGACACCAGUAACGUCGGUGGUGUCUUUACAUAUAACCUAAGGAUUACCAAUGCAGAAGUAGCUGACUCUGGCCAGUACCAGUGUAGGGCUACUGACGAAGACGGGACAAGGCGAGCGGAACCCGGCAGUCUCACCGUCGUGGUGCAAGAAACUAACAACGAAACUAUGAGUUGCAGUGUCUACCCCGAGGCCCCAACUCUCGGGCAGACCGUCACCUUCUCUUGCAUCGCUCCAAGAGGCAUCUCCCCUGACAUGCUGACGUGGAUGGACGGUACGUUUCAGAUCAUCCAACCAGAGGCCAACCUGGCCAAUGAACACGGCAUCUCGUUUGUCAAGACUCUUGCCGAAGCGGACAACUUUGCUGAGUUCACCUGCCUGGUUGGGUCAUCAUUUUCAACAACACGGAAAGGCAUGAACUGCAGCGUGACACCUCUUGCUGUGCCCAUACGGGCCGAAGUCACCCCGAGCGUCCUGAACGCGGUCAUUGCGGGCAAUGCGACUUUCCGAUGCCGUGGAACGGCCAUCCCAUCGGUGCAGAGGUAUCGAUGGCUGUACGGAUCAGGAAAUAGUACCAUCGAGAGUAAUGGAAGGUUUUCUGUUGUGAAUAACGGAGACUCGUCUACUUUUACCAUCACGAGGCUAACUGCAGAGGACAACAGCAUGAUGGUGCGUUGCGUCGUUCAGAAUGCGGUAACAAAGACUUUUGACUUAGCGGAACUACAUGUAUCGACGACGCGAAUGGAGUUCACAAGUCAACAGAAAACAUCCCCAGCAGCACAGACCCUUGAAGUCUCUUCACUUAGUACUACGAUCGCCACGGAAACCAAGACAGAACAUACUAGUGGGACUUUUAGCUCGGCGGAACUACACUUAUCAACAACCCAAAUCCCGACUCAACAGCCAACAACCCCGGCAGCAAAGACUGAUGAAGGUCUCUUCACUCAGUACUACGAUCGCCAGAAACCAAGACAGAACAUCAGGGACUAG